CACGAUUGCAGUUCGUCACCCUUCUUUCCAAUACCUCAGCACCCGUGGAAGCCAUGACUGACGAUAUCGAAAUGGAAGACGAGAUCGGCGAGGAGAAGUCGGACGCUCUUGAGCAAAAGCGCAUCAACGAAGAGUACAAGAUCUGGAAGAAGAAUGUGCCUUUCCUCUACGAUACGCUUUACGCGCGCGCUCUGAAAUGGCCCACAUUGACUGCUCAGUGGCUUCCAGAUGUUCAAGAUGUGGAGGGCACAGAUCUGCGCCAGCACCGCCUGUUGAUAGGUACAAACACAUCUGACAAAGAAGACAACUUCCUUGAGAUUGUUCACAUUCGGGUGCCCAAGCUUGACGGCCCAGAUCCGCGCGACUACAAUGAAUCGACGAACGAGAUCGGCGGAUACGGUAGCGGCAAGGAGAAGUUUGAAUUCGAGGUCCGACAGCAGAUCAAACACCCAGGCGAGGUGAACAAAGCGAGAUACAUGCCACAGAACGCGAAUCUCAUUGCAACGUGGUCCGUCGAAAAUGGCGUUCUUAUUUGGGAUCGCACACGGCAUACACUGGACGCUGAGAAGGACAAAGGCGAGCCCGAAAUCACGUGCGAUGGUCACGACAAAGAGGGCUUUGGCUUGAGUUGGAGCCCGCAUCAAGAGGGUCACCUUGCAACGGCUAGUGAGGAUGAGACCGUGAAGCUGUGGGAUGUGGAUGCAGGGGCUAGAAAGGGCGCCAAGAAGAUCGAUGCGCUGCAGACAUGGAGACAUCAUUCGUCCGUUGUUAACGACGUGCAGCAUCAUCCUAUUCACAAGCACUGGAUCGCGACCGCCUCAGAUGAUCUCACAUGGGCAGUGAUCGAUCCACGACAGCCGGCGAAAUCUGGCCCUGCUUUCCAGGUGAAGGACGCGCACACGGACGCAGUCAACGCGAUAGCUUGCCACCCCAAGUUUGAGUUCACGGUGGCCACAGGCUCAGCCGAUAAGACCGUUGCGCUGUGGGACCUUCGCUGUCCUGACAAGAAGGUCCACGCCAUUGAGGCCCACCAAGACGCCGUCAUACAGCUGCAAUGGCAUCCACACGAGCCAGCAAUCCUGACGAGCGGCAGCUACGACCGACGGAUCAUCAUCUAUGAUUUGAGCCGCACCGGAGAAGAGCAGACGGAGGAGGAAGCAGAGGAAGGGGCGCCUGAGUUGCUAUUCAUGCACGGAGGUUUCACAAAUAGGUUGACGGAAUUUGACUGGAACAAGAACGACCCAUGGUGGAUGUUGGCGGCAGCAGAAGACAACCAACUGCAGAUCUUCCGACCAGCACGUGCCCUGGUCAACGUGCCUCCCAAGAAGGUGGUGACGGUAGGAGAGGUCGAAGACUGAGAGCCUGAGAUACCCUAAGGCGCCGGAAGGGAAGAAUAUCUAUUUGUCGUUUGGACGAUGCAUGGGUAGCUGGGAUGUGAUGCUUAAGUUAUUUGGAUCGAUUGCGCGUGCGCAGAUCGCAACGUAGAACAGCACAGAUCGCACACCAUUCAAGAAAAAUGAAGAGGCUCCAGGCUGGUUCUCGUCCUAA